AUGCCGGAAGAGGACAGGCACCAUUAUUUUUUCCUCUAUGCGGCACAGGAGAACUGCACGACGUGCGUGCAGGCGUGGCUUUCUCGAAAUGCAGACCCGGGUAGAGGCACGUUAAACAAUCCGGACUGGAAUGCUUUAUCCUUCGCAAAGGAGGCAAAAGCGGAUGCGACCUAUGCUCUUCUCCGGCAGUACGAAGACAACGCAAGGUCGAGAUCUCCCGUUGGUGGCAGUGCUUCUGUGCGACCCGUAUUGGGAAACCAGAAUGCCAGCGCGCGGCCCAGUGAGGAUCUCGAAGCGGUUCCUUUCGCGGGCCUCUAUGCGCAAGCCUCCAUGAUUCCCAUGGGAAUCUGGGCGACUCCGCCUCCUCCGCCCGCAGACGCUCCGCCGGAUGCUGUGUUUGCCAGUGAGGCGCCUUCGGCUGUGCAAAGGUUCGAAGACUUCUUCGAUGACCCCGAUGGCGCAGCUUGUCAAGUGGCAGCUGCCGCUUUGAGUGGGGAUCAUGAAAAGCUAGAAGUCUUGCUCCGUGAGUUUCCGGCGCUCGGACAGCGGCCCAAGAUAAUGCUGUUAGACGGCGUGCCCGACAUCAUAACCUAUUGGACAUUGCGGGAGUAUGUGAUUUUGGCUCGAUUGCGGGCCGAUGAUGCCGGCAAUGCUGAGAGGAGCGAGGCGCUAGGCACCGUCGCGGCGAUUUUGGAUGCUGCGGAGGAACUUCAGGCAAGCGAGCUGGCCUCAGCCUGGCAGAAAAACAAGAUGCAACGGACCGAUGCAUCUCUGUUCCAGGAGACCGUGAGAGGCAGAAGUUUUUGCGCUUUUCAAAAUAGUGGCUCGAAGGCGCAGGCUGACCUCCAGAACGCGGCUCUGCACCGCGUGGACCUUCAGGAGAUGGCGAGGUUGUUGCAGGACUCAGAUGAAGAUGUUGUGAACCCGCUCAAGACUCGAGCGGAUCUUGGUCAAGCUGCCCAUCCAGAGACUGCUCAUUGGCCCUUGCGUACAUGCGUUCUUGCACGCAUAGCUAUUGAGGAGCUGGAAGAGACGAAGCAGAAAUUGAACAAGGCAUUUGUGCAAUUGCGCGACUGGGAAACGAGCCUCAUCGAAGGUAGUCAUGCGCACUUCUCACAUGCGGAUUUUGAAGAUCGGUUCGGGUUGCGCCUGCUCUUGCAAGAUCAACACUGA